GGGCGGGUGACUGCUGGUUAGUUUGUGCUCGAUAUUAUUGUUAAGGUUGUAUGGUCUUACACUGCGGGUCCUGGUUCUGUAUGGACGUAGAUGACCGUAAUAUAAGCGAUGUCAAAAUAAAUAGUACUGAGCGAAGGGCAGACUUUUUCUUCCAUAAAAAUAUACGACAGGAAGGAAGACAAAUUGUUUCGGGAGGCCGGUUUUGGUUGGAGUUCGGUGGUUGGUUACGGAUGAUUUUUCUGUUAGAAAUCGUGCCCACGUCACUGACAUGAUUAUCGUCUUGAAGAAAUCUGUUUUUACCUGCACUAAGGUAGAAAACACAGCAAGAAAGUGGAAGGGAGGCAUAUUGAUAUGAUGAAAAAAGAGGGAAACUUCACAAAGACAGAAGGAGCACUCGAGAAUGAGGACAUCUGAGGAAGAGGUGCUGAAAGAAGGCUGACCCUUGAAUUACCCGCUGAUCAGACACACACCCCUUUCCCCCCAAACAAUGGCCAACACUGUUGCCACGCUAGUCGUCCAGACGGAGCUGCUGCCAUCACAGGCCUCCACCUCUCUGUCACCCUUCCCUCCCCUGCUGGCGGGAGGUGAGGAGGUGGAUGACGACGGAGAGAGGGAGGACGAGCAACGGAUGGAGAAGGGGCUCAGCCAGGUCGUGCUCACAGGGGUGGAGAUUGUGCCAUCUGCCCCGACGGCCCAGAACCCCGAGCACCCCUUCCAGUGCCUCGACUGCGGGAAGAGCUUCAAGUGGUCGUCCCGACUGGCUCAUCACCAGCGGAGCCACAACAACGAGCGACCUUACCGCUGCAAUCUGUGUCCAAAGGCCUUCAAGGGCUCUUCCGCCUUGCUCUACCACCAGAGGACACACUCAGGUGAGAAGCCUUACAAGUGCGAAGACUGUGGCAAAGCUUUCAAGCGCUCCUCACUUUUACAGGUUCAUCGCAGUGUACACACUGGCUUACGCACCUUCCAGUGCCCCUACUGUCCCCUCACCUUCAAGUGGAGCUCUCACUACCAGUACCAUCUACGUCAACAUACGGGAGAGUGUCCUUACCCCUGUGACACAUGCCCCAAGGCUUUCAAGAACUCAAGUAGCCUGCGCAGGCACAAGAAUGUGCACCUGGGCCUCAAGCCUUAUGUCUGUGCAGUCUGUACCAAGGCUUUCACACAGUCCACGAACCUGAGGCAGCACAUGCGCAUCCAUACUGGUGAGAGGCCAUACAUCUGUAGUGAGUGCGGCCGCAGCUUUACCCAUUCUUCUAACCUGGCCCUGCACCGGAAUUCACAUUUGGAAAGCAAGGGGAAGUGUGGCGGUGGGAAGGCAGCCCCGCCGCCCGAAAGUACUGCCUCCGUCGAAGUUGGUGUUGAAGUAGGCAUCACUGACAUGGUGGGGCUGGUAGCGCAGGAGGCGGCUGUAGGAGUGGGUGUCGGGGAGGUGUUCUUGUCCCACGACGCCCCGAACCAAAGUCAGUCUCUCAUGCCGCAGCUGACCCUUACGCCCAUCACGAGUCAGGGCAGCCCCUCCGAGGUACACAUGAGUGCCAGCACGGACGCCAGCGUGCUGCUGUACAGCUGUGGCAGCUGCAACCACACCUUUAGCACGCACACCGAGCUGGAGGAACACCAGGCGCUACACCUGGGGGCCCUGGGGCAGACAGAUGACGGAGGGGGCGGCGCUGGGGAGGAGGCAGUCAGCGAAGGAGGGGUGGGCUUGGUUGAGGCGGGCCCUUUGCUGGCAGACUUUGAAGAGGUGGUGGAGACGACCACAACCUCGGAAAACGGUCACGGCACCACGGACAUCCUGAGCUUAACUGGAGGUGCUGACAGCUCGGUGAGCGCAGGAACCUCACUGACCCAGAGUCAGGCCCAGUUUGACUUGUUGCAGAGUUUCACUGCAGUUUCACAACUCCCCACCCCUGCUGCUCUGGCCACGAGCUCAGCAGGCAAGGUGGGUGGUGCUACAGAGUGUUCCUAUUGUGGGAAAAUCUUCAAGACCACUGGAGGUUUAAACAGACACCUGACUCAGGCUCACCCACUCUCCCCAUCCCAGUCCCGGUCGCAAUUCAGCUGUUCGGCCUGUGAUCGCUCCUUCUCGCUGCUGUCCUCCCUGCUCACGCACCAGCACUCCCACACCCCAGAACAGCGGCUGCUGGCUGAGGCUGAGGCUGAGAUCGUCUGCCCACCCUCCCUCUCACUCUCCCUGCCCAUGCCCUCUUCCCCCGUAACCAAGGGCAGGGAGGCCGAGGAGUCCGAGAGGGAGAUCCAUGUCAGCUUGAUUGCUGUUACUGAGGAGGGGGAGAGAGAGACGGCCAAGCCGGGUCGAGGAGGAAGCAAGGGGCAGAAGAGAGCUAGCGGCAACAAGAGUGCGAGCGCCAGCAACAGUGAACGGCCGUACCGCUGCUCCGAAUGUGGGAAAGCUUUCAAAGGGUCAUCAGGGCUGCGCUACCACAUGCGGGAUCACACGGGAGAGAGGCCAUACCGCUGUACAGAGUGUGGAAAAAGCUUCAAGAGGUCUUCAUUGCUGUCCAUCCAUCAGAGGGUACAUACUGGCGUUCGGGCCUUCCAGUGCCCUUACUGUCCUCUCACCUUUAAGUGGAGCUCUCACUACCAGUACCACCUGCGCCAGCACACAGGGGAGCGGCCCUACGUCUGCAAGGAGUGUGGCAAGUCCUUCAAGAACACCAGCUGCCUGCGCAGGCACAGUCAGCUGCACUCUGGCUUGCGGCCUCACGUCUGUGGUGUUUGCAGUAAGUCUUUCUCGCAGACAUCCAAUCUGAAGCAGCAUGAGCGCACACACUCCGGUGAGCGGCCCUUCCAGUGCAGCCAGUGCCACAAGAGCUUCACGCACUCCUCCAACCUACACCUGCACCUUCGCACGCACUCUGCCCGUAAGGACUACAAGUGCCAGCUCUGUGGAAAAGAGUUUGUGAUGCACUCGUACCUGCAGAGGCAUCUACGGACUCAUGGGGGUGGCUCGAGUGGUUCCAAGGAGGGAUCGCGAGCAAGCAAGGGAUCUACGACUUUGAGUCUCGGAGUGAACAAAAGCACUGGGACCAGCUCCAUUCCAUUUUCUGAGGCCCCAGCAAAGUCAACCUUAAUUUUGUCCCCAUCACAGUUAGACAUCCCCCCUAAUACAUCUCAAAACUACUUUAUGAUUCAGACUCCUACAGGACUGCAACUAAUCCCUUUGUCAAACCCAGUUCCUCCCCCACCUCCUCCACCCCAGUCACAAAACUUCCUUCUGUUACAAUGUCAGUCCACUAAUGGCAGUCCACCUAGCCUCAUCCUUGUCCCGACCUCGAACAGCACCAGUGUAUGCCCCGCUAUGUCAAGCCCUCAGUCUGUGUCUUUGGUGCAAACAGUACCUGCUGUGCAACACAUUCUGGGCUCAAACCAAACGCAAAUCCCUCAGUUUCAAACAAUACACACUCAACCCAGGUUAAUUGUGACUAACACAAGUGCUCCAGUCACAUCACCCGUAAUACUUAACUCCGGCGGAAACUCACUGAUUUUAAAGAAGCCCAGCUGGAUGAGGACCCCACGAGCUAAGCGGAUUCGGAAAUCCAAAGCUGCACUUCAGAAAACAGCGCCUAAGACCUUAGCAGCUACCGCAUCUAACCUACAAGGGGCUUUGGCAGUAUCUAGUACAACUUCCAGUAUUAGCUCAACUAGUACCACUACGAGCACUCCUCCUGCAUCCUCCGUUCCCGUCCAGCCGGCGUUCUCUGUUGCUGCAGCUCUCCCAGAAGGAAGCAGUAAUCCCCACAACAUGAACCCUGCUCUUCUGUCUGUUCCUCCUCACCACAGCAGCUGGGAUGGUAAACUUCCAGCUACUACCGUGGAUAAUAAACCUUUAGAUAUAGCUGGAGGGGAACAAGUUGUCAUGUGUUUUAAGAAACAUGGAGAGGAAGUUGAUGGCAAGGACAGUGUGGAAGCUGGAGCUGGAUGUGAGGAGUCAUAUGUGCUACGGUUUGAAGAGGAAGCAGAUGGCAAAGAAAGAGAAGCCAGGAGUGAAGUGGAAGAGAGGGGUUCAAUUGUUCUGCAGAUUCAAGCUGAUACAGAAAGCAAGACACAGGACAAGGACAAAGCUCGGGUGGUCUCCCUGGAUCUACUGCCAGCCUGGGAUGGAGGACAGAAAGAUGGGGACAAGGAGUUGGGCUUGGAGGGAGGGAUUCAGAGGGGGGCUGAAUCAUUUGUCCUUCAUUUCCAAACCGAGGAGGAGAGAGGGGUAGACAACCCCGUGAACACGUUUGCAGAAGCCCACAGGGAUGAGUUGAGCUUAGAGUGCCGUCCUGCCCAAGCACUGGUUCCGCUUGGUGAGCAGGAGGUGGUGUUCCAGCUUGGGGAUGAUGCCAAGAUAGUAGGUCCAGGUGCUGGGGAAAGUGUUCAGAUGAUUGCACUGAUAGAAGGACAAGGCACUGCCUCAGGUGCAGGAGAUAGUUUCAGCACUUCCCAUGGGGCAGUUGGUGAGACUGGAGAGUCAGUGGAAGGUAUAUUUCAGCUGGAAGGAGGGGAGGGAAUUGUCAUCAUUGAGGUUAGCACCAGUAGCUUGAGGGAAAAGGCUCUGGAAGGAGAGAGAGCUGUCAUGGAGAAAUCCGUGGGAAGCACAGAAGGUGAAGCUGAGGAUGAAACAGGUGAGUUGAGAGGAGCGGUUGUGUUAGACAUGGAAGUAGCAGAGGCACAAAGCAAAGGGAUCGUACAGGGAGAUGGAACUGGGGCUGAGGAGAGCGACAGGGACAAGCUGACUGCAAAGAGAAGCCUACAGGGUGAUACCAGAGCCUUUACUGCCACUGCAGGUCCUACUUCUCCAUCUUUGGACGCCUGAACAUUGUUCUCACACAGCGCAAAAGUGUGCGUGUUGUCGUCGAAGCAUUUGUUAAAGAAGCUACAUGUGAUAAUGUGGCCCAAAGCCGGACCUCAUACAGGUUCAAUUUAUUUAGGCAACUAAUUGGAAGAGAUGAAAUCAUUGCUUCAAGUAACUGUUCAAAGGAACCGGUAUGAACUGAGGGUUCGUGUUUGAAGAGACGCUGCUCGGAAAUGCCAAAUGGCCGGAGUUAAGAAGGUUACUUACUCAACAGACUGUAUUAAGUGUACUAAAUUAACAGUAGUUUUUGUGAAUAUGAUAUCAUGUCUAUUUUGCCUGGAUUAUUAAGUAUCGUUAUUGAUACGAGGUGGUAAUGAAAAUAAAGCAAGCCUUGAA